AUCCCCCGGUGAUCUUUCGCACUGCUCAGUGCCGAAGCUGGUUACGUGUGUGGUCGUUUCCCCUCCCCUCCUCCGAUCGCAGUGCCCUUGUGCGCGGUCGACGGUGCCGAAGCCUUGCACCGCGACUCGAGAACACCACACGCAAUCGGCGAACAAUCAGACUGGUACCGAGAGAUGGAUUCGCAGUGGCAGGCCUUCCAGGAUCCCUCGGCGGGGCGUGCUGCGCCGUUUGGCAAUAAUAAUGGGUUGACGUCUCACUCCCAGCAGCUCGCCGCCCGAUACGGCGCCCAGCCCCCGCCAGCGCCCUCAGCGCCGGCAGCACCGCUGGGAUACACCUACGAGACCUUCCAGGGUCCUACCGCUGCGACGAACCCGCCUGCGAUCGGCUCCAAUGCCAACCCGCCUGCCAUGGGCUCCUCGUCCAACGCCACGCCACGCGGCCGCGAUUAUGUCACGGAUGCCGAUGCCACCAUGGAGGACGCCGAUCCCUACAACCGCGCCAAGUAUCCCACGCGGCCCAAUCCUCACAGUCGUGCCUCAUCGCAGUUUCUUGCUCAAACACAGGAGGAGUCUACCGCCGCCCGCAGAUACUCCCCGAUGAAUGCCCUCUCCUCGUCGGCGCCCUUCAAUAACGGCAGCCCCAGCAAGGCCCAGAGCCUAUAUGCCUUUGCUCCCGCCUCGAGCCAUGCCCGUCGGUCCUCGCCAACGAGACCCGAUUACUCCUCAUCGCCGCAGGUCUAUCAGUCUCCUCCAUCGGGAUCCCGACCUCCACGCUUACCGCCGCUCCAGUCGGCUGACAUGAGCCCCGACCAGUAUUUUCCGCCAUCGGCUGGUUCACAGUCGAGCAUGGCCUUCGGUCAGGAAGCCAGAUCCCCUCGUGCUCCCCAACAACCUCCGCUUCCGGGUCGAGGCCCCGUUCCCAAGUUCCAGAAACUCUCGUCCGUUCAGGAGCUACGUCCUCGAGUCAACGCCCAGCCACCGUAUCGCCGCGCGAAUCCUGAAGGUGGCUUUAUCAGCCCGCUGCAAGCAUUGACUGUUCACCUACCGGCCACUUACCGGAUCUGCAAUCCGGGCUUCAACUAUGAAUCGUCGAGGAACCCGAGACGGGUGUUGACAAAGCCUAGCAAGGGCGUGAAGAACGACGGUUACGAUAAUGAGGAUAGUGAUUAUAUCCUCUAUGUGAAUGAUAUCCUGGGAAGUGAUGAUGCCAGCCACAAGAAUCGCUAUUUGAUUUUGGACGUGCUGGGUCAGGGUACUUUCGGGCAGGUCGUCAAAUGCCAAAACCUCAAGACCCAAGAGGUGGUAGCCGUCAAGGUUAUUAAAAAUAAGACGGCCUAUUUCAAUCAAAGUAUGAUGGAGGUGUCGGUUCUUGACUUGAUCAAUAGCAAAUACGAUAAGAACGACGACCACCAUGUUCUUCGACUGAAGGAUACGUUCAUCCAUCGACAGCACCUCUGUCUAGUAUUUGAGCUCCUCAGUGUCAACUUGUACGAGCUCAUCAAGCAAAACCAAUUCCGAGGACUGAGCACGACGCUGGUGCGCGUUUUCGCACAACAACUCUUGAAUGCGCUUAGCCUUUUGAACAAAGCUCAUCUGAUCCAUUGUGAUUUGAAACCGGAGAAUAUCCUCCUGAAAAACCUCGAAAGUCCCAUAAUCAAGGUAAUCGAUUUAGGAUCCGCGUGCGAUGAGCGACAGACCGUAUACACUUAUAUCCAAUCGAGGUUCUACCGCUCGCCGGAGGUUCUCUUGGGUCUACCUUACUCGUCGGCGAUUGAUAUUUGGUCCCUGGGAUGUAUCCUGGUCGAGCUGUUUCUUGGACUUCCCUUGUUCCCCGGCUCCUCCGAGUACAACCAAGUAUGCCGAAUUGUGGAGAUGCUCGGGUUGCCCCCGACGUGGAUGCUCGAAAUGGGCAAGCAGUCGGGUGAAUUUUUCGAGAAGUCGCACGACGAGUUCGGAAGAAAGACAUAUAGGUUGAAGAGCUUGGAGCAAUAUUCCCGCGAGCACAACACCAAGGAACAGCCGAGCAAGAAGUACUUCCAAGCGUCCACGCUUGAAGAAAUCAUCCGCAGCUAUCCCAUGCCGAGGAAGAACAUGAAGCCGGCGGAAAUGGAAAGAGAAUUGAAUAACCGUGUCGCGUUCAUUGACUUUGUGCGCGGCUUGUUGGCCCUGAACCCUCUUGAGAGAUGGUCGCCCCAGCAGGCCAAGCUGCACCCCUUCAUCACCCAACAAAAGUUCACGGGUCCAUUUGUGCCGCCAAUGAAUCUGAAAUACUCGUCUAUCAGCAAGACCGUGGCCCCCGGCGUUCAACAACAGCAACAGGCGGAGGCAGCGAGCAAGCAGAGAGCUGCGCAGGCUGCGCAGGCGCAGGCGCAAGCGCAGUCAGCCGCUCAGGCUGCAUACUCGAUGCAGGUGAACCAAUACCACACUCCUCCCCACACCCAGCCUCCCCCGAUGUACAAUGGGAUGUUUGCCGGGCCUCAGCAAGGGGCCCCGCCGCCCUAUCCGACCCAGCCACCGGGUUAUGGUCACCAGAUGGGUAUGAUGCAGGGACAGUACGCCCCAUCUCAGAGCCUCUACGCGCAAGCAACGACCAGGGCGGGCCGUCAGCGUGCAUCGACGAUGGAUCAUCAAGGUGGCGGCAUCCCUCCGGCUAUCCAACGGGUUGCCAGCCACCUCGAUCCUAACGCCCCGAUCCGCCUCCAGCCCAGCCCUGCCUACUACCCUCCUCCUCCGGAUGGGUAUGUUGAUCCAAACGCAAACAAUCAAAGACGGCGCGGAAGUCGUGCGGGUGCUAGCCAACGCAACCGAGACUUCAUUCGUACCCUUGAGGACGGUGUUCUCGGCGAAGGUUACAUUGGCCAAAACCAAUGGCACUGAAGGAUGAUUUUUUUUCUUAUUUGCAUGAUCGACCGUGUCUACAUUUUUUCUUUCUUGUCGAACAAGAGGACACAGUUGCUCCUGUUUUGUCUUUCUCCCUGAAACAACAAUCGGGUUUCCAGACGCAGAGCUGCUCCAGAGUAUCAUACUGUCUUCCCUGUCCCCUUGCCAUGUGGUGCUUGGGCUUUCCACCAAACCCCCUUCCCAUU